AGCAAGCAUGAGCUACUUAACAAUGGCGCUAACACACCCGAGACCUGCGGCUUCCCUCCUACUAGUGGCAGCCAUACUUUCCGCCGCCGGUCUGGCCACCGCGAUCUCGUCCUCAGGGUUUACAGGAGGCGUAACCGUGUUCUGGGGCAGGAACAAGAACGAGGGCUCUCUCGCGGAGGCCUGCGACACCGGCAGGUACACCAUCGUCGUCAUCUCCUUUCUCGAUGUCUUCGGCCACGGCAAGUACCACCUCGACCUCUCCGGCCACGACCUCUCCACCGUCGCUGCCGGCAUAAAGCACUGCAAGUCGAGUGCCCUGGUGUACCUCUCCAUCGGCGGGUUCGGCAACCAGUACUCCCUCCCGACCGCCCAAUCCGCCAUCGACCUCGCCGACCACCUGUGGUACACCUACAUGGCCGGCUACAAGAACGGCGUGUACCGCCCGUUCGGCGACGCGGAGAUCGACGGCAUCGACUUCUUCAUCGAGCACGGCUCGCCGGACAACUACGACGUGCUGGCCAAGCGCCUAUGGAACUUCAACAAGGGCUUCCGUGCCAGGACGCCGGUGCAGCUGUCGGCGACGCCGCGGUGCAGGUACCCGGACCCGCUCGUCGGCAAGGCGCUUGCCACGGGGGUGGUUGGGCGCAUCAACGUCAGGUUCUACGACGACUCCUACUGCGCCGCGCACUGGAAGCAGGAGUGGGGCAAGUGGACGGCGGCUUACCCGACCCAGGAUAUCCAGGUCUACGUUGGUGUGCCGGCGUCGGAAAAGGUUGUUGGGUACAUGCACCCUGAGUAUGUCCACUACGGCGUCGUCCCGGUGGUGAAGAAGGCCGCGAGCUAUACGGGGUUUAUGAUCUGGGAUCGCUACUCCGACAGGCUGACCAACUACAGCAGCAACAUCGUUCAGUGGACUUAAGAUCUUUCCUCCGUUCUCUUCCUAUGUGACGCUAUGUCAAACAGUAAUUAACUGCUCAUGUGUGUACCGUGUAGUAAGUAUCGUUAUGGUGUACGGUGUCUGCUUUGAAGAAUAAAAUGAGGCAUGUGAAAGAAUAAAGAAUUCCGUAUUGUCCA